AGAAGGAAAAGAAAAGAUAGAAAGAUGGCAAGUUCAUGCUCUAAUCAAUAUGUCAGAGAGGAGGUUGGAGAAGAAUACCCAUACCCAUACCCAUCACAUGUUUGUGCACCCAAUUUUGUUACCUUCAAGCUGAGUGGUAGGGAUGAUUAUGAUUUGUGGAAGACGCAGAUGCUAUGUCUCUUAAAGAGUCAUGAUAUGUGUGGUUUCAUCGAUGGAAUAUUUGUAAGCCCUCAAUCCAGUAGUAGUGUUUCCGGGAAGGAGAAACUAGGUGGCGAUCACAAUCACUGGCUGUGGACAAGAUCAGAUGCCUUGGUUAAAGGUUGGAUUCUUGGUUCUCUCUCUAAACAAACACUCAGGCAUGUAUUGGAUCGUCUUUCAGAAAAACCCCAUCAAGAGAGAAAUGUAGCUGAUUUCAAUGCAAAAGAUAUAUGGGAUGAACUUAAGACUCUGUAUGAUCUUUCAGUUCGCCCACAACUACAGAGUAUGAAUGGUCCUGCAGUGCUUCCACAAGAGCCGGAUGAAGGUAAACAACGAGACAAACGAGCAGAUGAUCACAAAAGAUUGUACAAGUGUAUUCUAUCAGGAGAUUGGGAGCGUGUUGCUACAUUUUUGAACGAAGAAGUAGUUACAGUGAUAGACAAAAUCACCAAUAAUGGAAGCACAGCACUUCAUGUAGCAGUUGGGACUUCCAAGGACCUGGAAUUCAUACAGAAAAUGUUGGAAAGGGCACCAGAGAGCACACUACUAUUGGAUGUGCUGAAUUCAGAUGGAAGCACGCUGCUUCAUGUUGCUGCUAUCGUUGGCAACACCGAAGCUGCUGAGAUGCUGUUGGAAAGAAGCCCAGAUUUGUUGUUUGCCAAGGACUACGAGGGUCACACACCACUAGCCAUAGCUCUUUCUAAUAUGCAUAGCCAGACGUCUCAGCUUCUGUUGCAGCACAUCACUUCUAACAGGGAGGGGAAUUCUAUGCUUUCGGGCAGAAGUGGUGAUGAGCUUCUAGUUCUGGUCAUUUCUUCUAAAGAUUUUGACUUGGCAUACCAUUUGGCGAGGCAUUACAGAACAUUACAUAGUGACGCUGUGCUAAUGGCUCUAGCUCAAAAUUACCCAUGCGAACCCAAUAUAUUGGAAAAAUAUUUAGGGACUGAGAUAAUAAAAUGGAAAAUAGCCGGUGGUCUGGAAACCGCUUUUGAUUAUAUGGGCCCGUUACGUGGUUUCGGGGUGGAAAAAGCAAUAAGGUUGUUCAUUGCCGGGAUUUUAAUGAUUUUUAUGCUUGUCGUGGUAAUCCCUUGGAUGUUAGUGUGGCCAUUUAUUAAGGAGAAAGUUCGAAUUCAUAAUGAAGCCACCCGAUUAUUAAGGAGGGUAUGUGUUUUAAUACAUGUAUCGAGUGACCCCAACACGGAACAUCACUAUUACACAAAUCCGCUUUUUGAAGCCACGAGACAAAACGCAUAUGAAAUUGUAGGAAAAAUUGUGUCUAGAUUCCCAAAUGCAAUUUGGAGUGCCAAUAAAGAUGGUUAUAACAUUAUUCAAUAUGCCGUGAUAAGUCGUUCAGAAAAGGUCUACAACCUCCUAUAUCAGAUGAGUGAACAUAAGAAUGUUUACAGAACAAUGAGAGACUCUUCUGGCAACAACCUUUUGCAUUUGGCUGCAAGAUUAGCACCUACAAACAAACUGAAUCUUAUAUCAGGGGCGGCUUUACAAAUUCAACGUGAACUACAGUGGUUCAAGGAAGUUGAAGGAUUUGUAUGUCCUUUAAACACCACACAAAAGAACUCUUUUGAUGAAACACCACAAAUGGUAUUUACAAGAGAGCACAAGGAGUUAGUGAUUGAGGGAGAAAAAUGGAUGAAGGCCACCGCCGAGUCGUACACAAUUUCUGCAGCAUUAAUCACCACCAUUGUGUUUGCAGCGGCUAUUACAGUGCCAGGAGGAAACAAUCAGGACAAAGGGACACCAAUUUUUACCAACAACACCGCCUUCACAGUAUUUGCAAUAUCAGAUGCCGUAUCAUUAUUCGCAGCUGUUACAUCAUUGUUAAUGUUUUUGUCGAUUCUGACUGCACGUUUUGCUGAGCAGGACUUUCUCUUCAAGUUGCCCACAAAGUUAGUAAUUGGUUUGGCCACCUUGUUCAUCUCAACGACAACCAUGAUAAUAGCUUUUGGGGCAACUUUGUACCUUGUGUUUGGCCAAAACAACUCAAGGAUUCUUAUUCCAAUAGUUGUGUUGACAUGCCUACCAACUACUUCUUUUAUGACGCUGCAGUUCCCCUUGAUCAUAGAGUUGAUGAGUGCAACAUAUGGUCGUAGUAUUUUUGGUAAGAAGGAUCCGGCAUAUGGUUAUGACGAGUUUGGCUUGAUAAUAGAUCAUCGCUUCUAUUAGUUCUUUCCACACGAUUAUAGUACGAUGGAUUGAAUAGAAGUAGAAUUUACUUAAAAUUCAUUUUGAAUUAAAUGUGUCUAAGGUUGGUCUCUACUUUGUAAUAUAAUAGUUAUUUGAGG